GUCAAGCCGAUGAGAUAUCAUUUGCAGUUCUCGACGUGCAGUCAACGGCGCGAUCUUUAGUUGGAAGGCCAAGUUUUCUGCCGUCUCGUUGGUUACAAGACUCGUAAGAAAUUGGCUGCAUUACACAAUAAUUAUAAAAAAAAUCUUUAGAUCAUAUUCCUUGCAUCUUCAGCUUGCUUUAUCCUCAGUAAUUAUAAUAUGGCACGAGUAGACAUGAGAAGACGGCAUUCGGAUUUGCCGCAAUUUGAAUCUGUUGUCAGAAUUUCGAGUCUUCCUAUUGUAGAAAGUGGUAUAUAUAUUGCUGGUAAUGUGUAUAGAAAAAUAAAGCGUUCAAAUUCUUUAAUGAACUGGAGCUUAGAUACUGCGGAGCAGUCAUUAGCGAUUGCAACGACGACGGCAAGACCAGCGAUUUUCGCGUUCAAUGGACCAAUUACGUCAAUCGAUCAGCUAUUGUGCAAAGGUAUCGAUAUUGUUGAACAAAGAGUACCAGCUGUACAUCUUCCUCCUCAUCUUAUGUAUUUGAACACGCGAGAAUAUGUAAAUGAGAACAUUGUAAAACCGGUUCUAAAUCGUGCCGGAAGUGUCAAACAAAUUGGUAGUCAAGCUGCCAACGUCGCCGCGGAUCAAUUGGAUGGUGUGCUGACAGUUGCGGACAAGUACGUGGAUCGUUAUUUGCCGGGAGAUCCAGCUGAUAAAAUCAUAGAUGAGGUCGGUCCUACUGAAUCAGUAAGCAAAACGACACGAACUAUCAAACAUGGCGCAAGAUUUUCGCGUAAAUUACAAAAGAGAUUAACGCAACGCACUUUGGCCGAAGCACGUGCGCUUAAAGAACAAGGAACAGAAUGCAUUCAUGUGCUUUUAUAUGUGGUAGAAUUGAUAGCCACAGAUCCAAAAUUAGCGCUAAAAAAGGCCAAGGCGUUAUGGGCCACAUUGAGUCUAUCUGAGCCCGAAAAUCAGGCACGUCCAGCCACGCUCGAACAAUUGCUAGUACUUCUGACACGUGAAUCCGCACGACGCAUAGUGCAUCUAGUGAAUGGCACGACGGCGUUGGCGGUUAAAACCCCACGACGUUUAGGUCGUCUACUUGCUCGGCUUUCCCAUCAACUGCUUAUUGUCGCCGAUGCCUCGUUAAAGAUGACACCACUUAUAAAUAAAAGCAAAGAAACAGCGAAAGAACAAAUAUCCGUUAUACAUUCUGCUAUUGAGAAGUUGAACGCAACUGCGAGUUUACUAUUGGAAAAAUUUGCUGUGCUCUUGGCUGGUCGUCCUAGCCCUCAGAAGGUACCACACGUACAAAACCAGCAGAACUACAGCAACCAUAUGUCAGUGUCUUCCAAUCCCCCAGUAAAUGGUAUCGAGUAACGAACGAGUCUCGCCUGAAAACUGCUACGUGCGGCUUUCUUCCCUUCCGGUAUGGUUUUCAAUUACAAGGUUAAAGACACGUGAAUAGAAAUCACGCCGCGCGUGAGCUGCUGCCCGCUGAUUAAUGUUUCAUCGAUCGUUACAUCAUUAUCUUUACGAGACUUUUACAUGUUUAUACUCAAUAAUCCAAACAAAUAUAUCUUAUCACUAGCACAAUGUAUCCGUGCCGUGCUUAUACUGUGCUUUUUUAAUUAAACAUUAUUUUGUUGCUUCCACGAUAAUUACAUACAAGUAAUGAAAUAAAGAUCCGUUUUAAUUAAUCGUAAUGGCAGGCUGCCUCUU